AUGGAAGACUGGAGAAGAAUUGACAUUGACGCCUUGAACACCGACUCAAAGUUGACGGCUGAAGACUUAAAGCCGAAUAUUGCGGCUAUUCCCGCCAACCAGCUUCAGACCAUCCAGCAGAAAAUCCUCCUGUUACAGUCCACGGGACAGCCGGUUGAGGCGUUGAGAUUGGCCUUGACCCAACCGCCGUAUGGUAACAGCGAUUCCGAGAAGGAUGCCUACGCUAAGGCGCUUUCGGAUGUGUUGGUCUACAACAAGAAUGUGAAUGACAUCAAGGACAUUGUUCUGCAGUUGGACAAGGCCCAGCAGGACAAUUUGGUGAAGUAUUUGUACAAGAUUAUGAACCAGGGCUUGGCGGGCAGCGUCAACAGUGGUGUUAUUUUGAACUGGUAUGACCAGUUGACCGAAAUCACCGGCUUGGGUCCGGUCGUGAGGUAUUUGAGUGACAGAAGAACCGUUUGA